GCUUACCACACCCCGAAAUUCUACCUUUCCAAAGUACCUUGAGGUAAUCAGAGUUCAAGGGAGAGCUCUGGUAACCCCUCCAUUUCGAGCCCCGCCACAAAGUAAGGUACCACCAAAAAAAGAGGGAGCAUUCCCAACGUCCUUGAUGCAUCAUGCAUCCCGCCACGUAAUACGCCUCACGCGCAGCAGCAUCAGCAACAGCAGGAGUUUUCUAUUUUCGCGCUUUCUGGGACGACGAAUGAUGGCUACUGCCGGGAGGACGUACAAUGACGCCGUCGACGCGCUCAACACCCUCCAAACCCCCUUCGCCGUAAUCGAAGCCCGGCGCAAGGCAGGCAUCCGCCCCGACGAAGCCUCCGUCGCCGAGAUGCGAGCCUACCUCGCGCGCGUGGGCUACUCCGUCUCCGACCUCGACAGCCUCAACGUGAUCCACGUCGCGGGGACAAAGGGCAAAGGAAGCACCUGCGCCUUCACGGACUCCAUCCUCGCGCGGCACCGCGCCGCUUCCGCCAAGUCGAUACCGCGGAAGGUCGGGCUGUUGAUCUCGCCGCAUUUGAUCGCGGUCAGGGAGCGGAUCCGGAUUAACGGCGUGCCGAUAUCCGAGGCGCUGUUUGCGCGGUAUUUCUUCGAGGUGUGGGAUCGGUUGGGGGAGGAGAAUAAGACGCAAGAAGAGGUUGUCGCGGUGGGGACGAGGCCGAUUUAUUCGCGGUAUCUCACGCUGGUUAGUUUCCACGCUUUCCUGAGCGAGGGGUGCGAUGUUGCGAUUUUGGAGACGGGGAUCGGGGGGGAGUACGAUGCUACGAAUCUCGUGGGACGGCCUGUGGCGACGGGGAUCACGACGUUGGGGAUCGAUCACGUUUUUGCGCUGGGGGAUACGGUGGAGAAGAUUGCGUGGCAUAAGGGGGGGAUUAUGAAGACGGGGAGUAAGGGGUUUACGGUUGAGCAGGUUGCUGGGGCGGCGGGAGUGUUGGAGGAGAGGGCGAGGGAGAAGGGGGUUGAUAUGGAGGUUGUUGGUGUUGAUUCGAGGUUGGAGGGCGUCAGGAUCCGGCCUGAUGCGGUUUUCCAGAAGAGGAAUGCGAGUUUGGCGGUGAGGUUGGCGGAGACUGCGCUGGAGAGGGUCGAUCCCGAGUUCAGGAGGGAUCCGGAGAGGUUGUCGAAGCCGUUUGUGGAGGGGUUGGAGGGGGUUGUGUGGAGGGGGCGGUGUGAGGUCAAGGAGGAGGGCGCUGUUGCGUGGUACGUUGACGGGGCGCAUACGACGGAUAGUCUGAGGAUGGCGGCGCGGUGGUAUGUGGAUGAGAGUGCGAGCAGGGGGAAGAAGGGGCCGAGGGCGUUGGUGUUUAAUCAGCAGGGUCGGACGGAGGCGAUUGACUUUCUGGAUGGCAUGUAUGAGGCUAUCAAGAGGGUGGAUGGGCGGGCGUUUGAGAGCGUGGUGUUUUGUACGAAUGUUACGUAUGCCCAGACUGGGUAUAAGCGAGACUUUGUCAACCACCAGUACGACGCCAAAGCCAUCGAGGCCAUGACGGUGCAGAGGCAGUUUGCGGAGCGCUGGUCCAAGCUGGAUCCCCACGCCGACGUGCGCGUGAUACCGACUAUCGAAGAGGCGUUGAACCACGUUCGGAGCGUCGGCGAGGGCCUGCCGGAGGGCGAGAGCGUGCAGGCUCUUGUCACGGGGAGCUUGCAUCUUGUUGGUGGCGCAUUAGGGAUUCUGGAGGGCGCGGAUGCUUUGUAGAUGUUUACAGGGUGUGGAGUAUUCAUGUUGCUUUUGCGUUUGACUCUAAGAGUAUGCGGUCUUAUGGGAUAGAAUGGGGUUUAACAACGGCUUUACAUAGGGGGACGAACAGACAUGUCCUCACGGAUUCAACUCUAGAAUUAAAUGUUCUAUAUUCUUUAGUCUUCUAUUCUGGGUGGAAUCACAAUAGAUUUUCCG